CAGUGAACAGCCCAUUGACGCGGGAUUACAUCAAGUUUAAGGGAAAAUAGGAGCAAGGAACGGGACGGAAUACCUUCUAGCUUGAAGCCGGAUCAAGAUAGCAUAGAAUCUUCAGCUCACGGGACUUGCACGCUUUUUCAUAUAUUUGAAGCCAUAAUUGCCACCAUCACCGCCAUCAUCACCUUUGCAUCUGCCCUACCAUUUCUAGCAGAUAAAUCCCGCGAGGCAAACCACUCGCCAAACCCUCGGAACCAAACCCCGAGCACUCUUGCUUAUAUACGCGCGCCAAUGGCGUCCACGGGAAAGACGUACAUCGUCGAGCACCUCGACGAUGAGCUCGGCGCCUGGUCAGAGUUGGAGUAUAUGACCAUUGCCAAGGAGUCCCACGAGAACGGCGCAUCCUUCUUCCUUACGUCAGUCCCAGCAUCACUGGAGCUGCCGGAGCGGCUAAAAACGCUGCCUGGGUUUGUGGCGAAGCCGGAGAGCGUGGAGGAGCUGUACCCUGAGAAGAGCAGGGUGUGUCUUUUGGAUCCGUCGGCGACGAAGGAGUUGGCUCCUGAGGAUGGGGAUACGUUUGAUGUGUUUCUGUUUGGUGGUAUCCUCGGUGACGAUCCGCCAAGAGAUCGGACUUCUGAGCUCAGAAAAAAAGGGUUUGAGGGACGCCGUUUGGGCGCUAUGCAGAUGACUACCGAUACUGCCGUCAGAGUGACGAGAAUCGUUACCCAAGAUAGAACUCCUCUGGAGGAAAUCCCAUGGAUAGACAACCCCGAGAUCAAGGUUAGCAGAGUUGAGAGCGUUGAAAUGCCGUUCCGCUACGUCAAGGGGAAGAACGGAGAGAUUACGGUGCCUGAGGGAAUGAUCGAUCUGAUCAAGGCAGAUUCUGAAAAGGGCUUUGGAGAUCUCUUUUGAGAUAUAUAACUCUAUGAUGCUAUUUCCAAGUUAGAUAUCAUAGGCACGUGCCUGCUUUUAUUGGCCAGGUUGGCCCAAUUGGAUAUAGAAGGGUCAGUUACGAAUGCCGAAGCCAACGGAGAGGGUAUGUUGAGAGGCAGCAGAGACCCAUGGACUAAAGUAGCCUUGGUAUAUUUAUGGCCCCGUAACCUAUGCAUUGGAUAGCUUUGGGAGCUCACUUGUACUGAAGACUGAACUGCUGUCUUGGAUAUCGAAAGCACAACACAUGUGAAGAGGGUCGGCCUGAUAGACAUAUAUACAUGCGUCCUCUAAGCAUUUCCACAGC